GCACGUGAGAGACGGCGGGGCAUGGCCUGGGCUGGAGCUGCGGAGACGGCGAGAAGCGGGCAAAUUCAAGGUCUCAGGAACGGAUUCACUGCGAGGGUUGAAGACAAGGAAAGAGGUGACCUUGGGGUUCAGGCCUGGGCGAUGAAGUGCUUAGUGGUGUCUUUAUUCAGAUUUGAGUCUAGAGUCGAAUCUGAGGGGUGGGGCUCGUUCAAGCCGAGGCUCAGCAGAGUCAGAGGGAAUUGGGCCCAGCAGGGGGACCGCAGUAGAGGUCAGCAAUUGCUUAGGGCGGAAUGCGAUUUCCGGGGAGGAGGCGGGGGUGUGUAGACAGGGGGGCUGGGACACACCUUGAGGGGCGGAGACCGCCAGAGAGAUCCAGAGUGCUCUCAGCUCUUAGUUACAAGGCUCCGUCCUCACUUUGUUCGCUUCUCGGUGGCCCAGGCGGAUUCCUUUUUCGCCAGAUUGACGUAUCUUAAGAUUUUUGAGUUUCUGAAGUCUAGCAGGCCUGUAAGAACAAAAAUCAUUCUGCAGGAAUUAAAAACAGAAUCCAGUCUUGACAACACACCCACAAUGUCUGAUGUGUCAUCAAUGUCUAGUGUACAAUCAAAAUCUGCUAAAUUUGCAAAGAAACAGGAGAAUGUCACCUGUAUGGAAAGAAGGCAGUUCAUAGAAACUGAUGAGGAAAUGGCUCCGAUAAUCGAUUUAAAAUGCAUGGAUGUAUCAGCAGUUAUUAUGAAUAAGUUUAAGAUCUUAAUGGAAAUUCAAGACCAGAUGUUUGAUGAGAUGAAGGAAACUCUUAAAAAUGACCUAAAGGCAAUUUUAGGAGCAAAAACUACAAUACCUGAGGGAAGGAAUUCAGAGAACUCCAGUCACAGGACAGAGUUUCAACAAUUAAUUAACUCAGUGUCACAAACAACAGGGAAGGCAGGAAAAAUAGAAGGAGAAAACUCUAAAAUAAUUGAUGAUACUGAAAAUUUAACCUUUAAAAUAAAAGUAGAUGAGCUAAGUGGUAAAUUAGACAAUCCUAAUGAAUACAAUAGUGAUGAAGGUAAGAAAUUACCCCAGAAUGAAUCAAGAACUUACAAAGUCAUGGGAAAUAUGGAAGAAACCUUAUGCAAUGUAGAUGACAGACAGAGAAAUCGCCACAUCCAUUUAGAACUUAGAGAAGGGGAGACUAGGGAGAAUGGAGAGGAUGAAUCUCUCGAAGUGAGAGAAGAAAGGAAAAUUCCGAAAUUCAAGAAUAAAGAGAAAAUGUUAAAAGCCUCCAGAGAAGAAAAAAUGUUGGAUGAAGGAACGGUGCUUACCCUGGCAGCUGACCUUUCAUCAGCAACACUGGAUGUCAGCAAGCAAUGGAGUAAUGUCUUCAACAUUCUCAGAGAACAUGAUUUUGAACCUAAAUUUCUAUGUGAUGUUAAAUUAGCAUUUAAAUGUGAUGGUGAAAUAAAGACAUUUUCAGAUCUGCAAAGCCUUAGAAAAUUUGCCAGCCAAAAAUCUUCUAUGAAGGAAUUACUAAAAGAGGUACUCCUACAAAAGGAAGAAAUAAAUCGAGGAGGAAGAUACGGAAUUCAAGAAAACGGGGGUAACACCCUGUUAGACUCAAAACACAGAGCUGGAGAAAUGACCAAUGAUGGCUUGAACUUUCUAUUUAUUAAAGAGGUAAAAGUUGCUAAGCCAGGGGAGAUGAACAACUUAGAGACAGAAGAGGAAGAGUUUUCCGAGCUAGAGUUGCUGGAUGAAGAGGGCUCAGGGAUGGAGGAUGAAGGAGAAGAGACCUCAGAGCUGGAGGACGAGGAAGAAGAGGCCUCAGAAUUAGAGGAGGAGACAGAGGAGGAACAGAGUUCAGCGUUCUGUAAGGAAACAGAAGAGAGACACAGAACUCUGCAAACAGAAGAACUAACAUCCAAAGAAUCAGACUUAACACAGGAAAUAGAAAACUUGAGUAGUGUGAUUAAUAGCAUCAGAGAGAUACAAGAGGAGAUUGGAAAUUUGAAAAGUUCCCAUCCAGGUGUCUUGGAAAUUAAAAAUUCAGUAGGUGAUCUGAGUAGCAGAAUGGACUUACUUGAAGAAAGAAUAGACAGUCUAGAAGAUCAAAUUGAAGAAUUCUCUAAGGAUACAGUGCAAAUGACCAAACAGAUAAUUCAUAAAGAAAGGCAAAGAGAGAGAGAGGAUAUAUCCAGAAGCUCCAAUAUUCGUUUGAUAGGAAUUCCAGAAAAGGAGAAUAAUGAGAACGGAGCAGAGGACAUAAUUAAGGAAAUAAUUGAUGAAAACUUUGCAGAACUAAAGAAAGGUUCAAGUCUUGAGAUUGUCAGUGCUUGCCGAGUACCUAGUAAGAUUGAUGAAAAGAGACUGACUCCUAGACACAUCUUAGUGAAAUUUUCGAAUUCUAAUGAUAAAGAGAAAAUAAUAAGGGCUUCUAGAGAGAGAAGAGAAAUAACCUACCAAAGAAGAAGAAUCAGAUUGACAGCAGACUUAUCACUGGACACACUGGAUGCUAGAAGUAAAUGGAGCAAUAUCUUUAGAGCUCUGCUGGAAAAAGGCUUUAAUCCUAGAAUUCUAUAUCCAGCCAAACUGGCAUUUGAUUUUGGUGGUAAAACAAAGGUAUUUCUUGAUACUGAAGAAUUUAGAGAUUAUGUUUCACAUAUGCCCACGUUGAGAGAAUUACUGGAGAAUAUACUUUAGUGGUCUAGGGUGACUACACAGUAUGCUGUCCUCCCCAGCACACAUCCAAAAAUCAACAAGUAAAACUGGAAAAUACACUUGUACCCAGAAGGAUGGACAGUUGACAGCAUACUUAGGGAUGAGGAGCAAGACAUAUUACAGAUACUACCUAGAUGUUAAUAAAGUUAAAGGAUAUGUUAAAAAAGAAAA